AGUGGGCGUGGCCUCGUGGUGGCGCGCUCCCCGUGGCGCCCCGUGGGCUGCGCCCCGUCCCCUGGGCGCCCCCCGUGCUCCCCGCCCCGGCACCCUUGGGUGCCUUCGUCCCGGCCUCUUGCGAGGCCGUGCCCGGUGCCUGCCGGCGCCUCCGUGCGGGCUCGAUCGUGAGCCCGGCCAGAAGGAAGCGGCCCCGCGCCGCCGUGACACGCUCUGGGGAAGUGAUGCCUGCGCAGACGGCCCGGGAGAGAAGUCCUUGGGCUGGAGCACGCCCUUCCUGAGCGCCGCCUGCUCUCCCGGCCGCUUGUUCGGCCGCAGGCAGAGCGGGCUGUUGGCUCCCGGGGGCUGCGGUGCUGCUGGCACCGAGCAUCACCCCUGUCUCGGGGCGUAGGGACGGCCCUAGGCAGCCCAGCUGCCUCCCCUGAGCUUUUUCCUAUCGGAGCCGUCCCUCACCAGGCAGAGGAUCUCUGCCCCGGGGGCUGGUGGAGGUCUGCUGGGCAUCGCACCCAUCCCUGGGAGCACCCCCUUCCCUGCCAGCACCCAAGGAAUAAAAGCACCCACCUGGGUGCUCUGCCUCUAGCCGGCAAAAGGAGCGCAGCCACCGCAGUGCCAGGGCUGCGGGGAGCACCCGGGGCUGGGCCUGCCGGGGGGCAUCAGCUCCUGCCCGCCUGGACAUGGCCGGGCACAGAGGAGGGCUGCCCCUGCCCCUGCUGCUGCUGCUGAGCCUCGCCGUGCCCGAGCUGGCGCUGGGCUGCAGCAGCUCAGGGAGGAGGUGGCUGCUUGACCUGAAUGCUACAACGAUCUCAGCUCUCUCUGCCUCCCUGAAAUCCACAGAGACCACGGUGCUGCCGCCCACCGCCGCCUCCACCGGCACAGCCUCCAGCCCUGAAAAAGGAUCCUCCACUCCCGAGACACCCAGCACACCCCCGGGGAGCAGCCGUCCCUCUCCUCCCACCACAGCCCCACACACGGGUACAUCAGCCGAGCCCCCGACAUCCCCUCUGGACACCACAGCCCCGCACCCCACCAGCUCUGGGGUGCCCGGGAGCACCCCAAAUCCCAGCCAGACACUGGGGACCACAAACGGGACCAGCCCUGGUGCCUCCACCCUGACCACGGGGACAUCCCCGGACACCCAGGCGUCACCCCCCAGCCCCGGUGCCACCACGGGCACCUCCCCUGCCACCAACUCAACCCAGAGCCCAAACAACAUCUCCAGCACCUCCACGGCCCAGCCGACGGCAGAGCCCACCUGCCCCGGCAUCAUGAGCCCAGGCGCGGAGUCCCACAUCUUCCUGUCCGUGCGCCUGGCCGGCCCCCUGGACCCUGGGAACAAAACCAUGCAGGACCUGAUCCUGUCCGAGCUCCGCCACAGGCUGCAGGUCAAGUUCCCGCAGGCUGACUUCACCAUGCGGUGGAGUGGGAAGAAACCCUGAGCGCUGCCCCACGCUGCAGCCCCCCAGCCGCCCGUGGCACCGAGGAAGACGAGGAAGGAGCCCCUGCAGCCCGUUGUCAGCCCCCGUGUACUCCGAAAUAAGCAGAUUUCAGGACCUGGCCGGCUGCGGGGGCACAGCCGGGGGGUCCCACGUCACUGCUCUGCUCCCCCCCCGGCUGCGUGCGCCGUGGGGCUGUGGAAAUCCCGUGGGUUGAAAUCCUUCCCUGUUUUUUUUUUCUUUUUUUUUUUUUUUCCCCAGUCUCUGGUUAAGGAGACGGCCGCGGCGUCGAUCCCCCUGCAGCGAAGUCAUUUAUUAACUGAUUAAUUAGGCAGAUAAAAUCAGGCCGAAGCAGUUAUUACCCUAAGCAAGUCACCUCGUGGAGAGAUUAAAAAGUGAAAUAAUCACCCAAA